AUGGCGCUUCCCGGGGCCCGGGCUCGCGGCUGCGCGGCUGCGCUCACAGCGGCCCAGACGCGCCGCCGCGUGGAGGGCGCGAGCGAGGCCUGCGGCUCCGAGCCCCCGGGCCGGCGCGCGGCGCUUUACGUGCACUGGCCGUACUGUGAGAAGCGCUGCAGUUACUGCAACUUUAACAAGUACAUCCUCCGGGGAGUGGAUGAGGCAGCCAUGCGGAGCUGUCUGGUGACUGAAGCUCAGACACUGCUGCGGCUCAGUGGGGUGCAGCGGGUGGAGUCUGUGUUCUUUGGUGGGGGCACUCCCAGCCUGGCCAGUCCUCACACUGUGGCUGCUGUCCUGGAGGCGGUGGCCCAGGCAGUCCACCUGCCUGCAGACACGGAAGUCACAUUGGAGGCCAACCCCACUUCAGCCUCAGGCUCCAGGCUGGCAGCUUUUGGGGCAGCAGGGGUCAACAGGUUGUCCAUUGGCCUCCAGUCCCUGGACGAUGCUGAGCUGCAGUUGCUAGGGCGGACGCACUCGGCUGGCGAUGCUCUGCGGACGCUGGCAGAGGCCGGGCGCCUCUUCCCCGGCCGUGUGUCUGUGGACCUGAUGCUGGGGCUGCCCACACAGCAGGUUGCACCCUGGCUGUGGCAGCUGCGGGAGCUGCUUCGCCACUGUGACGACCACCUCUCCCUCUACCAGCUGACCCUGGAGCGGGGCACCACGCUCUUCACCCAAGUGCAGCAGGGCUCCCUUCCUGCCCCUGCCCCUGACCUGGCUGCCGAGAUGUACCAGGAGGGACGGGCAGUUCUGCAGGAGGCCGGCUUCCGCCAGUAUGAGGUCUCCAACUUCGCCCGGAAUGGGGCGCUUAGUACCCACAAUUGGAAUUACUGGCAGUGUGGUCAGUACCUUGGCAUUGGGCCUGGGGCCCAUGGGCGAUUUAUACCCCAGGGGGCCGGGGGCCACACCCGCGAGGCUCGGAUCCAGACCCUGGAGCCUGACAACUGGAUGAAAGAGGUGAAGCUCUUUGGUCAUGGCACCCGGAAGCGUGUCCCUCUGGGCGAGCUGGAGCUGCUGGAGGAAGUGUUGGCCAUGGGGCUACGCACAGACAUGGGAAUCACUCACCAGCACUGGAAGCAGUUUGAGCCCCAGCUGACCCUUUGGGACAUAUUUGGAGCAAGCAAGGAGGUGGAGGAGCUGCUGGAGCAGGGCCUAUUGCUGCUGGAUCAUAGGGGUCUUCGAUGUUCCUGGGAGGGUCUAGCUGUGCUGGACUCUCUGUUGCUCACCCUCCUGCCUCAACUCCAAGACACCUGGCAGCAGAGAUAUCCCUCCCCAGUGCCAGGAGGAUGACCACCUUUUCCGGUGUCCCAGGACAGUGCCAGGUGGGCUUUGGGGGAUGGGCUGACACUGCCGACAUCAGCUCUGGUCAUUGGCUGGCUCCAGCAUGCCCAGGGACCUGGUGGAGUCAGGUGGAUAGAGGGCCUUUCUGAUUGAGAAUUGGCCUUAAGUCUGCCCACCGCUUCCAUAGGAGUAUGGUUUCUGUGAGUGCCUGUUAUUACUGGACUCUAAAGAAGAUCCUGGCUGGCAAACAGUUCUGAACAAUACAUCUGUAUUGUCUGAACAAUACAUCUUCCACUCUCUACAAUAAAGGACAGGACAUAGAAGGGACUGAGCUAUGCUGGUGGACCCGUGUGCAUAUCCAGCACGGAGACCUGCUCGAACAAGCCUUGUUUACAAACAGGAUAUGUCUGGGGUGGCAGGAGCCACAGGCCCGCCUGAGUCCCCUCCUGCAUCAUAGCCUUUCCACUGUGAGAGUGAUGGUGGUGGGAACUAAGCAGAGAGAGGGAAAGGAGGGGAACUCAGGAGUGACCGAGAGCCUAGUAAUCCUCCCCUGGCAUUCUUGCAGAAAUGGUUUUAGGGUUGUAUUCGAAGAGCCUGACAAGCCUUCUGGAACCUGCCUUGACUGGGGCCCUCUCCAUUAUCCUGGCUCCUUCCUGGGUGUGGAAUCCUGAUUUGUGGUUCGGCUUAGUUACCGGCCAGAGAUUGCUAACCUCCUCCCUGCAUUUCAUUUGGAAGAUUUUAAAUUUUUAACCUUCAGAAAAGUUGAAAGAAUAGUUCACUGUGAACCAUAGAGCCUUCAUUGCAGGGUGUCUGCAAAGUCUGGCAGUAGGCAGGUAUUUAUAAUGUUAUCAAGGAUACCUGUGACCUGCAAUAAAAUGAAAGUAUGUUUCCCGUGCUCACCAAUGGUUGCGUUUUAACUACAUUUACUUUAUCUUUGAUAGCUAGCUGCCUCGAUUCUUUCCUUCCUCCCUUUCUCCUUUUGCUGCACCAUUUGAAAGAGUUGUAGACAUCAAGCAUUUUAACUUGUGUCUCCUUGGAAAAAGAACAUUCUCCAUAUAGCCUCAACACCGUGAUCAGUGUAAGAACAUUGACAUCAUGCAGUAGGGUGCAGUCUGUUUUCAGAUUUCACAGAUGUUUCCCAAACACCUGAAAGCUCUUUGGGGGACACAGACCCCAGUGCAACUGUCUGCUUUACUCUUGGCUAUUGUGUCUCUUCUGUGUCUUUGUCUAAACCCCCCUUCCUUUUUCAUUUGUUUUCUAUGCCACUUAAUUUCUUGGCCACUUGCCUUGUACGAAGCCUCCCUUUCUGGCUGUGUCUGAUUCUUUCCUAAUCAUUAGAUUUAAGUUGAGUGCUCCUAUACAUAUUAUGUAGAUAUUGUGCAGCUCAAGGUAUGGAAUGUCAGGCCGAUCAACUACCAAUAACACUAAUUCUGAGCACUUGAUGAAGGUGGUAAGUGCCCAAUUGCUCCAUUGUGCUGGUGCAGUUUUCUCCUUGAAGUUACUAGAUUAGGGCCUCCCCUGGUGGCAGUUGAGCACUGGGCUACAAAGCUGCCCGCAGCCUCUGCAGCGCUGGUUACAUCCCCGGCCGCCAGCAAGGGUCCCACAUGGCAC